CUUCUGUCAAACGCCGCGCGUCAUUGCCUUUGCGACAUACAUGGCCCAUACACAGGUCCACUUGGUUUUACCGUUCUUUCUCCUCAACCAUGGAACCUCCACCACAGAUAUGGUCGCGGAAUAUGGGUUCCGGAAGUGACGUUAUUUUGACCUCCUUAAAGUUUCUAAACCAGGCCUCCCAAUCAUUGUCGUCACGUACCCCAAUUGAACUCGAAAACCAUCACUCAUGCGCUUCUCCUAGUCAUAUCGUUACAAAUUGGCAUUAUGGCCGAACCACCACCGAAUGAAGUGGUCGUGGGACUGCCAACAUGGACUACCCCUAGUUACACUCAAACAGUGAUUGGCAAAAAGUCGUAUCUGUCAGACGACCUGGAUGAGUUUCGGGGCAUCCCAUUCGGACAAGUGACCAAGCGAUGGGAGCAUGCAAAACUCCGCACUCGUCUUCCCUACGACGUUUUUGACGCGACCAAGAACGGGCCCAUAUGUCCCCAACCGAGCGCAGCAAGAAACAGCGAAUACUUCCAAGCGCACUUGACUUUUCCAGACCUUGAAGCAUCAGAAUUCAACUGUUUGAACCUUCUUAUCGUCCGUCCUAGUGCGGCUGGAUUGUCUCGUGCGGGGAUUGACGAAUCAUCCAAGUUACCUGUUCUCGUUUACAUCCAUGGCGGUGCUAGAACUGGUGGGGGCAGCGAUCCUAUACUAGACCCUUCCCGUCUCGUACUUCGGUCUCUGGAAAUUGGUUUUCCCAUCAUCGCCGUCAACCUCAACUACCGGGCCGGCGUAUUUGGCUUUCUCGGCUCCGCCGACGUCCUGAAGACUCAAGAUCGAACAGAGGUUAUGGGCCUCAACUUCGGCCUGUAUGACCAGAAAGUUGGCCUAACGUGGGUGGCGCACAACAUUAUGCAGUUUGGCGGUGACCCUGAGCAAAUCACCUUGGGCGGCGGCUCGGCAGGAGGCAGUUGCGUGUACGCUCACCUUCUCGAUGCCGAUGCCCACGCGGAGAAACCUCUCUUCCAGAGAGCCCUCGUGCAGUCGGGCGCCAUGUUGACCCUGUUGCCAAUGCCGCUCGCCGAGGCCGAAGCCAACUGGGACAAGCUGUGUCAACACUGGGGUAUUGAGGCUGAGAGCAGUAGCCAGUAUAAAGUGGAAUCGCUGCGCCACGUCUCAACGGCGGCCAUGCUUCAAUCUGCUCUUGAGAACCAUGUCUUCAUGCUGCCGCCUAUUGCUGACGGCUUGACCUUGACCAAGGAGACUGCGGCACUCCCCUGCGUGGAUCUACGGCGGGAGAUUAAAUCCAUGGGCUACAGGCCUGUUGAAGUCAUGAUAGGCGCAACCGACGUGGAAGUAACUGGUCAUGCCCAAUGCCAUGUUGACGUCCAAAAGCUGCGCCAAGGAUUCGCUGAAAGCUACCCAACACCUGAGGCGGGCGCCCAGGUCUUAGAAGCCUACGGUCUCGUCCAAGGUUUUGAACAGAGUGCCCUGCGAGCAGGCCUGGAGCGAUUACACUCAGAUAUAAUCUUUGAUCUGGGUAUCUACCGCGCGCGAGCCUUGCUCUGUGCCCAGCGCCGCGCCGAGUACGGUGACGCCACCAGCAUUCAGCCCUACCACAUCGAAUUCGGGAAUCCGUUUCCUGGACUCAAAAGAGGAUGUGCGCAUCACGGCAUCGAAGCCAUCUACAUGUUUGAUGCGUUCCAUGACGCCCUUGCCGACGCGGACAACGGAGUCUUCAAGGCAUACCCAGAAUCUUAUGCAAAGCGCACCGCAGGGUCAGAAGCAGAGUCUGCUUUGGAGGAGACGAUUGCCGAUUCAGAAACUCUCGCGGUGAAUCACCUCGAGCUGGUAAAGGGCUUCCAAGACCAUCUAAUUGGCUUCAUUGUUGGAAAUCCCGCGCAAAGAGUUGCACAGGAUGAGAUAUUCAUCUGGGGCAAGGACGGAUCAUCGAGGGUUGAGCACCUGGUGGAAACCCCAAGGUGGGCGGAGAGAAUCGACCGGCUGAAGCUGCUUGAAAAGGACACUUCUUCUGUGAUGAAGGCGCUUCGGAUCCUCUAA